AUGAGUUCUUCAUCUAUAGUAAAUUCGUGGACCGAAUGGGGGCAAUUAGAAACUAUUUGUAUCGGUACUGCUCAAGGCAUGUGCUAUCCUGAUGAAACGCCAACGUAUUCAUGGCAUACGCCACGUUCGAAUAUCCGACGAUAUAUCAAUUCAGUCAUUGGCCCACGACCGCGUCAUCGCAUUGAACAAGCCCAACAACAGCUGGACAAUCUUGCUGAUUUACUUCGAGCAGAAACAGUUCGAGUUUGUAACUCCGUUGAUGAAAUCUUCAAUGAAGAUAUCGAACAAAGCCUUAAGCGAAAACGAACAGUCAUUACCGAUAAGUCAGUAGCAUCGCCUGACGGACUUGAUGUAAAGAAAGGUAAAAUCGAGGUCUAUCGGCCAGAUCAAUUCUCAGACGAGAAGCUACGGUUUAAUUAUCACAUCUCGACACCUCAUUUCAAAUCACAAUAUCAAUAUGGACUUUCGUGUCCACGAGAUGUACUGAUCACUAUGGGUGACACCGUUUUGGAAGCACCAGUUUGCACUCACACACGUUAUUUUGAAACGGAAUAUUACAAACCCCUUCUAUAUUCGCUAUGGAAUCGUGAUUCACGCAUGAAAUGGUUACAACCACCGAAACCAACUUGUUCACCAGAACUCAUGUUCAAUGAUACCGAUUAUCGGGAAUACGCAACUCAAAAGGAAGUCAAUAAAUCGAACUAUGCUGAUAGUGGAUACAAGACAAAUCUGAAUGAAAAUGAAAUUGCCUUUGAUGCAGCCGAUAUGAUACGUAUGGGAAAAGAUGUCUUCUACAAAAAAUCUGCUUCUGCAAAUAACCAAGGUCUACAUUGGCUUCGUCGAGUCUUCCCUCAUCUUCGUUUUCAUAUGAUCCAUUUUCCAAGCGAUGACAGUUCUCAUUUGGACUACGGACUGAUGCCAUUGAGACCGCCGACAUCUGGUUCUGAGGGUCUAGUUCUUCUCAACCAAAAAUUUCCGCCGUUAGCUAGCGAAACGAAAAUCUUCACGGAUAACGAUUGGCGUCCGAUAUGGGCACCCCUAGGUUGCACAACUGCGGUUGCGCCCCUAUCACUCUGUUCAUCUAGCUUCAAUACGAAUUUCUUAUCUCUUAAUGAUCGCUGUAUUGUAAUGGAAGAAUGUGAAUUACCGCUCUACCAUUUGCUACAUGACGAUCUGGGUUUCGAUGUCAUUACGUGUCCAUUUCGAACUCUAUUGGAAUUUGGCGGUUCGAUUCAUUGUGUUACAUGGGAUAUACGGCGCGAUGACUCUUGUACCGAUCAUUUUCCGAAUCAAGAUUAUGAAAGUGAAUGCAACAUGGAUCUAAACCAUUAUUUCGAUAGUCAAAUUUUAUCGCCGGAGAUUCAAUUCUUUCUUUUAAGUUCGUCGACAUUCAUGUAUACAUAUAUCAUCGUAUUUGAAGAAAAACAGAGACAUUUCAUUGUACAGAACAAGAUAUAA